GGCGUGAACAGAAGUACAUACUACGUACUUCUCCAUCUGGUUAGUAUAUUAUACGUUAAAAUGUCAGAUUUGGUCAGUGUUUUGGAAUUUGAGGAGCACGCUUUUAAAGUUCUUCCCAGAAAUGCUUUGGAUUAUUACAGAAGUGGAGCUGGAAAACAGGAGACAUUGGCGGACAACAGGAAAGCUUUUUUCAGUGCGCUAUCAACUGCUCAAGCUUUGGGGAUAAUCUACACCCUUAGCACUCUUUCAACAAGCAGCAUUGAAGAAGUGGCUGAAGCUGCACCCCAUGCUGUGAAAUGGUAUCAAUUAUACAUCUAUAGAGACAGAUUGGCGAAUUUCCAAGGACAAACAUCUGAAAUGAGCCAGGAUCUAGAAAAAGGAUCAGGUCUUAACAAUUACGUAACGGAUCUCUUCGACGCAACUAUCAGCUGGGAAGAUAUUAAGUGGUUGAAAAGCAUUACUAGACUCCCAAUUGUUCUUAAAGGAAUAUUGACAGCCGAGGAUGCUUUACUUGCUGUUCAAGCUGGAGUGUCUGCUGUUCAAGUAUCUAACCAUGGUGCUAGGCAAAUAGACGGAACACCUGCUUCGAUAGAAGCUCUACCAGAGAUCGUAAAGGCAGUGGGGGACAAAAUAGAGGUGUAUGUUGACGGAGGAGUAACAGACGGCAUUGAUGUACUUAAAGCAGUGGCUUUGGGAGCUAAAAUGACUUUUAUAGGACGUCCAGCUUUGUGGGGUCUUGCUCAUAGUGGACAACAAGGAGUUGAAAAAGUUCUCAAUAUUCUUAAAAACGAACUUAAAACUGCUAUAGGAAUCUCAGGUUAUUCAAAAAUAAGUGACGUGCCCAGAGACUUGGUUGUGCACGAGAGUUAUUACGCAAAACUAUAAGAAGAUUACAAACGUAGAUGCUAUGAAAUGAUAAACAACCUAGGAAUUACAAGAUCAAUAUAUUUAUCUAUUACUAUUAUAUUUUCUGUUUAAUUUAAUAAAAAUACAUAUUUUGUGAUAUU